AUGGCCAACACACCUCAUGGCGGAGUCCUUAAGGACCUGCUUGCUCGAGAUGCCCCCCGUCAUGCCGAGCUUUCUGCCGAGGCCGAGAAGCUCAAGGCUAUUGUGCUUAAUGAGCGCCAGCUGUGUGAUCUGGAGCUUAUUCUGAAUGGCGGCUUCUCCCCUCUCGAGGGCUUCAUGAAUGAAAAAGAUUACGAUGGUGUUGUUGAGAACCUCAGACUUGCAGAUGGCAGUCUCUUCAGCAUGCCCAUCACCUUGGAUGCCGCCAAAAAAGACAUUGACAGGCUCGGCGUCAAGCCGGGUGCCCGCAUCACUCUCCGAGAUUUCCGAGACGAUCGAAACCUGGCGAUCCUCACGGUCGACGAUGUCUACAAACCAGACAAAGAGAAGGAAGCCAAAGAUGUCUUCGGUGGAGACCCAGAACACCCUGCGAUCAGAUAUCUAAAUAACAGCACGAAAGAGUACUACGUUGGUGGUAAGAUCGAGGCUGUCAACCGCCUGAACCACUACGACUAUGUCGGUCUCAGAUACACUCCUGCCGAGUUACGCACACACUUUGACAAGCUCGGUUGGACUCGUGUGGUUGCCUUCCAGACGCGUAACCCCAUGCACAGAGCUCACCGUGAGUUGACCGUCCGAGGUGCCCGUGCUCGUCAAGCAAAUGUCCUCAUCCAUCCGGUGGUUGGCUUGACAAAACCUGGUGAUAUCGACCAUUUCACUCGUGUCCGUGUCUACCAGGCUAUUUUGCCCAGGUACCCCAACGGCAUGGCCGUUCUCGGUCUCCUCGGCCUAGCCAUGCGAAUGGGCGGCCCCCGUGAGGCCAUCUGGCACUCAAUCAUCCGGAAGAAUCAUGGCGCCACCCAUUUCAUCAUUGGUCGUGAUCACGCCGGUCCAGGAAAAAAUAGCAAGGGUGUUGACUUCUACGGACCAUACGAUGCACAGCAUGCAGUUGAGAAAUACAAAGAUGAAUUGGGCAUCGAAGUCGUCGAGUUCCAAAUGAUGACUUACCUGCCAGAUAGUGACGAGUACAAACCCAAAGAUGAAGUCGCCGCUGGAGUCAAGACCCUUGAUAUUUCUGGAACCGAGCUUCGGAGACGCCUUCGAGUUGGCGCCCCCAUCCCAGAAUGGUUCUCUUACCCAGAAGUCGUCCAGGUCCUACGAGAAUCCAACCCUCCUCGAAAUACCCAAGGCUUCACUAUCUUCUUGACCGGGUUUACCAACUCUGGAAAGGACGCCGUUGCUCGCGCUUUACAGACUACAUUCAAUGAACAGGGCGGUCGUCCUGUUUCUCUACUACUAGGAGAGAAUGUCCGACACGAGCUGUCCUCGGAACUCGGAUUCACCAAGGAAGACCGCGACAUUAACAUUGCCCGUAUCGCCUUUGUGGCUGCAGAGCUCACUAAAGCCGGAGCAGCCGUCAUUGCGGCCCCAAUCGCACCAUUUGAUGAGGCUCGCAAAGAGGCUCGGAAGACGAUUGAGCAAUUCGGCAGCUUCUUCCUUGUACAUGUCGCAACGAGCUUGGCCUACUCGGAGAAGACGGACAGACGAGGCGUGUAUGCUCGUGCGCGCAGCGGUUCGGUUAAGAACUUCACUGGUGUUAAUGAUCCCUACGAGGUUCCCGAUGAUGCAGAUUUGACCGUCGACGUGGAGAAGCAGACUGUCAGGAGUAUCGUUCAUCAAAUUGUACUAUUGUUGGAGAGCCAGGGAUUCUUGGGAACCUCAUAG